CCGCCGCAGGUGGUCGUCCGGGGCCAUGGCCGUGCCCGGCGCCGUGCCCGUGCUGUCGGAGUGGCGCUGCCAGAUCUGCGUGGACGUGUUCGUGGAGCCCGUCACGCUGCCCUGCGGCCACUCGCUGUGCGGGCCGUGCUUCCGCGCCACCGUGGAGAAGGCGAGCCUGUGCUGCCCCUUCUGCCGCCGCCGCCUGUCGUCCUGGGCCCGGCGCCAAGCGCGCAGCAACUCGCUCGUGGACGCGCGGCUGUGGGGGCUCGUCCAGCAGCUGUACCCGCGGGAGGUGGCGCGGAGGGCCGCGGGGCACGAGGCGGACGCGGAGGAGGAGGAGGCCGCUGACGACUGCCAUCCAGUCCGCCAGUUGAGUGAACCCGGGGAGCUGAGGAGAGAGUAUGAAGCAGAGAGAAGCAGAGUGGAGGCGGAGCGCCGGGCGAGUGCAGAGGAGGAGAGCAGAGCCAGUGCAGAGUACAUCCAGCGGCUGUUGGCAGAGGAGCAGGAGGAGGGCAGGAGACGAGCCGAGGAGAGGCGCCGCCAGGUGCAGGAGCAGCUCCGGCAGGAUGAAGAGCUGGCAUGGUCGCUCAGCGCUCACCUCAACAGUCUCUCCGACGGCAGUGUCUCGGCUUCUCCCUUGAACUCCAGCAAAUGUGUUCCUGGCACACCCAAGUCACAAAAGAAAAGGAAGAACAAGCAAGCAAAUGCUGGCGAUAUUCAGAAUAUUCAGAAGUAUCUGUCGCCCAAGUCUCAGUCGGCGUCGGCGUCCCAGCCUGAAGCUGUACGGGGAGCCGGGAGGACAUCCAUGUCUGCGGGCUCAGACCGCAGUGACACGAACGGGGAGGUUGCGGAAGGCCUGUGCACACUUGAUCCGCUGAGAGGCCUCGAGGCUCAGGAUGAAGCCGCAGAGACUCCCGACUGGCGCCUCGAAGGGGAGGCGGGAGCCGCGCCGAGUGAUCACGGCACAGAACCAGGAGCCCCGACUCGGGAGGGAGCUGCCGCGGCCACGCUCCGUGCUGAGGCCGACGGGGGUGGCACCUUAGCGGCAAGGACCCGGCAAGCAGGAGCCGCCGCCGCCGUCGGGGCCGGGGGUGCGGAGUCUUGCCUCCCGCUCAGCGGGCAGAUUUCCAAAAGGAAGAGCCAGGAGUCCCCACUUGAAGCAGACUGCGAUCCGGGCCUCUCCGUGAAGAGAGCGCGAGGACCCUCCCGGGAGGCCGCAGGCGGAGAGGAGGCGGCGGCCGGCUUGGCGCAGCUCCUGCGCUGGGAGACGCUGCUCUUGGAAAGGCGCGCGCAGGAAGAGCGAGACCGGCUGCUGGCGCUGCAGCUGCAGAGAGAGGCGGACGGGGAGCGGACGAGACCGAACCGGCACAAAGGGUCCCCGGACGGCUAUCGGCUCCGCGCCGCCCCCUCGCCUUCGGCCGGACUGGCGGCUGGGCGGAGGAAGAGCUCCGGGGACGGGGGCUGGGGAAAGCGAGCAGGUGAGCCGCGGGCACGGCUCCCGGGAGGCUCGAAGACGGACACCCAGCCGAGCCGUGCCCUUAACGGGAGGGUGCCGGGCUCUGCGGGCUCUGCGGGCUCUGCGGGCGGUGACCGGAGCGCCCCCGGAGGCGACCCCUCGCCGCGGCCCCGAACGUCCCAGAACAGCAUUUUCCAGAUGUUCCAGAGACGCGCCAAGUAGAGGCGGCUGGUGGAGCGGUGCCGGCUUGCGAGGGAAGCUGUGUCUGGGGCGGGUCCUGACUGUCCCUCGCCAGGGGCCGCGGGAAGGGCAGACGACACGCCCUGCUGGGCUGGGUGAGGAUGGAUGGUGCCUGAAGUCUCCACGCCGUCUCUGCCCAACAUGCGUGUUUUUGUUUUGGCUCCCACCCCCCUUUUGUCCUGCCCAGUAAUGAAGCUCAGCCAGAACCAAGGACUUAGGGAGUCCACGCAGGGGCCGAAGGCCGCGCCUGGUGGCAGGGCUGGACCCCAGGGACAGACGCGUGCCCGCGUGAGGCCCGGGACUUGACUCCCCUCUGCAGCACCCCCGAAACAAAGUCUGAGGGUUUCCUCUGCCUGCUUUCCGCCUAGUAUUCGUAGAACACUAAAGUCAUCUAACUCGAACCUCCGCUUUAACCACUAAAGCUAUUUCAUUCAAAAUGUACUGGAGUCAACACCGAGUGAGAGAAGUCAGUCUUCCAGAAAAUUCAACAGUAGAUGGUCAAACAAAAACUAGACCCCCGCUGAAGCAGGAAUGGAGAGUCGGGCUAGCGCCGGCUGGGUGGACGGACAGUUUGGAGCAGUGACACGGUGCGUGGGAGCAGCCGCCUCCCGAGAGGCACAGGUGUGCGCAGACCACCCAGACGCGGAGCGUUGGGCUUCUGCAGCGUUCACCUGUUCGCCUGGGGUCAGCGCCUCAGUCGGCACUUCCCGUGAGGCUGCUACUUCACGAAACGGGCCCGGCGGGGCCGCACCUGGCUGGGCACACGUCACAGGGCACAAGGACCCGGGGUCAAGCCCCAGUCCCCACCUGCAGGGGGGAGGCUUCACGAGCGGUGAAGCAGGGCUGCGGGUGUCUCUGUGUCUCCGUUCCCUCGUAAGUUUCUCUGUCCUAUCAAAAUUAAUGCAGUUUAAAAAGCAGACGAAAUAAAAAUCAAAGCCCUAAGGAUUUGCUGCGGGAGAUCCCACCUGUGCCCUGGAGCCCGAGACCUAGCUGUGUGUCUGCGUUCACCAUUUGUGUGCACUGUGUUUAUAGGCAGAAACACAGCAGUGCUUAGCCCUGAACGUCCAAUCAGAAGGAAGUGAUUUUGUGAAAUUGACCUUAGAGACUGUUGAUAUUUUAUUUGACACAUAGGAGCACGUUUGAGCAAGCAGUAGUUUCAUGCUAUCUUUGCUGAUGUUUGCUUAUCCAUCCUUAUAAAAAUAUCACUGGAGCUUAAAUUUGUCACUUUUUGAAUAAAAUACUAAGACUUUGUCCCUGCAGGCUGCCUAACCGAAGUUCUGUUAACCUUUCACAUAGCCUCUGGUCCCAGUGUUUACUGGGUAAAGAUUAGGUGAGGGAUUCUGCUGCUCAUUUCUUUUUUUUUUUUUUUUUUUUUUAAUAUUUUACUUAUUUAUUAAUGAGAAAGAUGGGAGGAGAGAGAGAACCAGACAUCACUCUGGUACAUGUGCUGCCAGGGAUUGAACCUCAUGCUUGAGAGUCUAAUGCUUUUUCCACUGUGCCACCUCCUGGACCACUCUGCUGCUCAUUUCAAAUGUGGUUUGCCCUUAUCAGAGAAACGGGGUUGCGUCUUGCAUGGUGAUUGUGCUGAAGUGAGGCAUUGUCUGAGACAGACUAAAAUCUCUCCUCAUCAAGCCAGUAUUUCUAGCAGCCAUUUCACUUGUUUUAGGAUACACAUGACUGACUAAAGCUACAUAGUUUUCCAGGGGCAGUGACUGAUCCAGAGGACUGGGGGGAGGGAGUGUGAUGACAUUUAGGCCUGUCUCGACUCACUUGUGAAGAGGGUUUUCUGAUUCAAGUUUAAGAAUAGAUUUGAAUUUCUCUGCUAGCCUGUCCGGCAGUCCCUGUGUUUUAUUAGAAGACAAUAAAGGCUUUGUGGGAAGUAUUAA